AUGCGCAUGCAGACUCUGUACACGUACCCGAACAACUCGCGCGCAUUCAAGGCUCUCGUGGCUGCGCAGUACGGUGGCGUGGAGGUCGAGACCGACGAGUUCCUCGCCCUCAACCCGCUCGGUAAGGUCCCGACACUCAAGACGCCCGAGGGUGGCAUCUUCGAGUCGUCGGCCAUCGCGGCUUACGUCGCCCGCGCCGGUUCGGCCGCCGAGCAGCUGCUCGGCGCCACUGUCUACGAGUCGUCGCUCAUUGACUCGUGGAUCCAGUACGCCGCCAACGAGAUCGACAUGCCGCGCGCUGCCUGGCUCUACCCGCUCCUCGGCUACCUCCCGUACUCCAAGGCCGGUACCAAGCAGGCUAAGGGCGACAUCAAGAAGGUCCUCGGCGUUCUCAACGCUCACCUCGAGUCGCGCACUUACCUCGUCGGCAAUGCCGUCUCGCUCGCCGACAUCAUCGUCGCCUGCACCCUCCUCGACCUCUACAAGAUGGUCCUCGAGCCGCAGUUCCGUGCUCCGUUUGAGCACACCAACCGCUGGUUCACCGCCGUCGUGACGCAGCCCGAGUUUGUCGCCGCCGCCGGCGAGACCACCCUCUGCGAGAAGAUGGCCCAGUACGACGCCAACAAGAUGAAGAAGGCCAAGGAGGCGUCCAAGGCCGCCGCCAAGGGCAAGCAGGAGGACGCCUUUGCCUCGCUCCCGCCGUCCUCGUUCGACCUCGCCGCCUUUAAGCGCGAGUACUCGAACAAGGACGCCCGCGCCGACGCCAUCCCCUACCUCUGGUCCAACUUUGACAACGACGGCUACUCGUUCUGGUUCUGCGAGUACAAGUACAACUCGGACCUGACCCUUGCCUUCAAGGCCUCCAACAUUGUCGGCCGCUUCAUGCAGCGCCUGCCGAACCUCCACGACCACGGCUUUGCCUCCAUGCUCAUCACUGGCUCGGACGGCAACCUCGAGAUCUCGGGCGUCUGGCUCGUCCGCGGCAAGGAGCUCCCGCAGCACAUGCUCGACAACGGCGACUUUAACCACUACACCUUUACCCCGCUCGAUGUCUCCAACGACGAGCACAAGACCAAGAUCGAGGACUACCUCGCUUGGGACGGCGCCUCGUUCGAGGCCAAGGGCGACGUCGUCGAGGGCAAGGUCUACAAGUAAGGCUUUCGCCGACCCGCCUGUACUCGUUCGAGCUCU